UGAUGAUUCCGCAGUAGUUGUGAAUUUACAACUGUAAGGAAAUGUGUCGGUCAUUUAGAAAGGACAGGAAGAAACAAAUAUUCUAACUGGGAAUUGAAAUAAUAAUGCCAGAAUAUGGCGUUAAUUCAGCUAUACACACGGUACAACAGAGUGUGGAUUCCAGAUGAAGAACAUGUCUGGAAAUCAGCAGAAAUUCUGAGAGAUUACCACUACGGUGAUGAUAUUCUGCAACUGCUUCUUGAAGAUGGCACCGAGUUUAAGUACACUGUGGACUCAUCGCCACCACAACUCCCUCCUCUUCGCAACCCGGAUAUCUUGGUGGGGGAGAAUGACCUCACUGCUCUCAGCUACCUCCAUGAACCCGCAGUCCUGCACAACCUCAAAGUGCGUUUCUUGGAGUCCAGGAUCAUCUACACCUACUGUGGUAUCAUCCUGGUGGCUUUGAAUCCUUACAAGCAGCUUCCUAUCUACGGAGAUGCAAUCAUUCAUGCAUACUCAGGCCAGAACAUGGGCGACAUGGACCCUCAUAUAUUUGCAGUGGCAGAGGAAGCUUACAAACAGAUGGCCAGAAACCACAGGAACCAAUCUAUCAUCAUCAGUGGAGAAUCUGGAGCAGGUAAAACAGUGUCUGCUCGAUACGCAAUGAGAUACUUUGCUGUUGUAAGCAAAUCUGGCAGUAAGACCCAAGUUGAAGACAAAGUCUUAGCAUCCAAUCCCAUAACAGAGGCCAUUGGGAAUGCAAAGACGAUCAGGAACGACAACAGUAGCCGUUUUGGGAAGUUCACGGAGAUCAGUUUUGACAGCAGGUACCGGAUCAUUGGGGCAAAUAUGAGGACGUACCUGUUGGAGAAAUCCAGAGUGGUUUUCCAGGCCUACAAUGAGCGGAACUAUCACAUUUUUUACCAAAUGUGCGCCUGUGCACACCUGCCACAGUUCAAGGCCCUCCAACUGCUGAGUGCUGAGGAGUUUCACUACACGGGCAUUGGUGGUGACAUCUCUAUUGAAGGUGUAGAUGACAGGAAAAGCAUGGAGGAGACUCAGCGGACCUUCUCCUUGCUAGGACUGAAUGAAGACUUUCAGUCGGACGUCUUCAAAGUGCUGGCAGCCAUUCUCCAUAUGGGGAAUGUGGAAAUUAAGAGCUCUGGUGAUGACAGGUCAUCCAUUUCUCCCAGCGACACGCAUCUCCACAUUGCCUGUGACCUGUUGGGUGUGCGUGCAGAUGGGUUGGUGCGUUGGCUGUGUAACCGUAGGCUCGUUCUUGUGGCCGAGACGGUGGUGAAGCCAUUGCACAAAGACCGUGCAGUGAAUUCCAGAGACGCCCUCGCCAAGCAAAUCUAUGCUCAUUUGUUUGACUGCAUCAUUAAGAGGAUAAACAAAGCGCUGCAGGUGCCUGGGAAGCAACAUGCUUUCAUAGGAGUUCUGGACAUUUAUGGCUUUGAGACGUUCGACAUCAACAGCUUUGAGCAGUUUUGCAUCAACUAUGCUAAUGAGAAGCUGCAGCAGCAGUUUAAUUUACAUGUGUUCAAACUGGAGCAGGAGGAGUACAUGAAAGAAGACAUCCCAUGGACAUUAAUAGACUUCUAUGACAACCAGCCAGUCAUAGACCUGAUUGAAGCUAAAAUGGGAAUCCUUGACUUGCUGGAUGAAGAAUGUUUGUUUCCUCAAGGCACUGAUCAAAGCUGGCUGCAGAAACUGUACAACUACCUUGAUAGCAAUCCCUUGUUUGAGAGGCCAAAGUUGACAAAUGACACGUUUGUGAUACAACACUUUGCAGACAAGGUGGAAUAUCAUUGCAGAGGUUUUCUUGAGAAGAACAGAGAUGCUCUUUAUGAAGAAUUGGUUGAAGUUAUGAGAGGCAGUCAGUUUCCCUUCCUGGCCAAAUUCUUCCAAGAGGAUGAGCAAAACAUUCCCAGCAUUAAAGGAAUCAAAGUGAAGUCGGCCAGGCCUGGGCUGAAACCAGCCAAUAAACAGCUGAGGACCUCAGUUGGUGAUAAGUUUUGCAGCUCUCUCGCCUUACUGAUGGCGACACUGAAUGCUACAACCCCUCACUAUGUGCGUUGCAUCAAGCCAAAUGAUGAAAAGCUGCCCUUUGAAUAUCACUCCGGGAGGGUGGUGCAGCAGCUGCGGGCCUGUGGGGUCCUUGAAACUAUUCGCAUCAGUGCUCAAAGUUACCCAUCCAGGUGGACCUACUAUGAGUUUUACAGCCGUUACAGUGUCCUAAUGACCAAUCAGGAGGCCGGAUUCAAUGAUAAGACGCAAACAUGCAAAUAUGUACUGCAGAGGUUGAUUCAGGACCCGAACCAGUACAAAUUUGGUCGCACAAAGAUCUUCCUCCGAGCUGGUCAGGUAGCAUUUUUAGAGAAGCUGCGUCUGGACCGACUACGAGAAGCGUGCAUUACCAUCCAGAAACACGUGCGUGGGUGGAUUCAGAGAAAGAAGUACCUUCGUUUGAGGCAUGCGGCCAUCACAAUACAACAAUACACCCGUGGCAAGAAGAUGAUACGUAAAGCGGUGAGUGCAGCAAACCUGAAGCAGGGCUGGGCAGCGGUCUUGAUCCAGAGGUACUGGAGAGGCUUCCGCAUAAGGAAGGUCUAUGAAACGGUACGCUUGGCCACAAUCACCAUCCAAGCUUUCACACGAGGUUGGCUGGCACGUAAAUCCUAUGCUAAGAUGGUGGAAGAACACAAGGCCUUGGUGCUGCAGAAGUACGCCAGAGCGUGGCUGGCUCGUCGGCGCUUUAAUGCCAUGCGUCGCCUCGUGCAUCAGGUUCAGCUCUCCUACAGGGUGCAGCAGCUCCGAAAGAAGAAUGAGGAGCAGAGUAAAGAGAACCGCGGGUUGGUGGAAAGACUGACGAGUUUGGCAAGCUCCCACUCUCAAGCCAUGGAAAGGCUUCAAGCUCUGGAGACAAAGCUGGAAAAAUCAAUCAACCAGAAGGCAUCUUUGGAAGCAAGAGAGAAGAAAGUGAAAGAAGAUGCUUCUCUGAAAAUGACUUCACUUCAAGGUAAAAUCGAUGGAUUAAUCAUUGAGAGGCAGAAAAUUGAGAACAACUUUGAAGCUUCCUCCAAAGAACAAAGAGAGAAGUUUGAUAAAGUGAAGAUGAAUCUACUAGAGGAGAAAGAAACACAAACUAGGCUUCGCAAGAUUGCUGAGAACAACCUUGAAAUGCAGAGACAGCAUCAUGAGAAAGAGCUGGGAAGCCUGAAAGAAGAGAUGAGAAGGCUGAAGGACGAGAGAGUCGGUCUGCAGAUGAAGUUGGAUGAGGAUGGCCGGGUGAAUACUGACCUGCAGGAUCAGGUGGCCCAGCUUACCAAGCAUGUUAAGGUCAUCCCCGAGCUCCGCAAGGACCUCAGCAACUUGCACAAUCAAAAGAAUACCAUAGACCGAAAGAUGAAGCAACAGUCUGAAGAAGCAAGAGCCAAACUGACUGAGAUAUCAAGACUACUCGCUGGCAGUGUUGUUGAAGAAGAGGUGCUUGUGGGGCUAACUGCAUAUAAAUCUGAGAAGACUUAUGAAGCUGAAGAUCUGCUGGCAGCCUUUGAUGGUCUAGAGAAAGCUACCAGAACAUUGGAGAGACACCGUAAGGAACAGAAGGCAAUCUAUGAGACCCACGUAGAGCGCUUGACAAUGAAAGCGGACUACCUUCAAAAUGAAAACAGCAGGUUGCAAAAUCUGUUCACAGAGAAAAACAACCUCACUGAGAACAUUCGCCAAGAGGUGUGCAGGCUUAGCAGCGAAAACUCGGUUAUACCCGAGCUGAAAGUGCAGAUUUCAGAGCUGCAAAGACAAAAGAAAGGGAGUGAGGUUCUUAUAGAAGAGCAGAAAAAGGAGCUAGCUGAAAAAUCAGAGGAGAUCAAAAACGUCCUCCAAAAGAAGAUCGAAGAAGAGUAUUCAAAGCGCAGGCACUUUGAGGAGCAAGCUGAGGUGCUAGAAGAGGACAAGAAGGAACUUCAAGGCAAAAUAAAAGACCUCCAAGAGGACAAUGAUCACUUAAGCAGGCAGCUGCAGAUGGACAGAGACGCCAAGAAUCGACUGAGAUUGGAAGUCACCCAGUUAUCUUCAGAGAAUAUAGACUUUGAGGAACAGCUUCACCAGAAGGACCAAUGGAUAAAAAAAUUAGAGAAUCAAAUAAUAAGCCUCGAAACAGCACAAAAAGUCAAGAAAACGCCUUCAUCAGCUAGUCCUAAAGAUUAUCUUGGAAUGUUGGAGUACAAGAAAGAGGAUCAAUCCAAGCUCAUUCAAAACCUCAUUUUAGACCUCAAGCCCAAAGGUGUGGCAGUCAACAUGAUCCCUGUUCUGCCAGCCUACAUCCUCUUCAUGUGUGUCCGCCAUGCCGACUACCUGAACGAUGAAGAAAAACUCAGGUCUCUUAUGAAUGCCACAAUAAGCACUGUUAAAAAGUUUACCAUGGCUCACCAGAAUGACUUGGUGUCCUUGUCGUUCUGGCUGUCCAACAUGUAUCAGCUGCUUAACUGUCUCAAGCAGUACAGUGGAGAUGAGGAGUUUAGUAAACAAAGUACUCCCCGUCAGGUAAAGAACUGCUUGCAGAACUUUGAUUUGUCAGACCACCGGCAGGUGGUCAGCGACUUGGCCAUCUGCAUCUACCACCAGUUCAUUACGGCUAUGGAAAGAGCUCUCACACCUGCCAUUGUACCUGGUAUGUUGGAGCAUGAGAGUUUACAGGGGAUAUCCAGCAUGAAACCUACAGGUUUCAGGAAGCGUUCCAGCAAAAACAGUGACGACACAGAGAUGUUCACUGUCUCCUUUAUCAUUCAACGGCUCUCACACUUCCACACUAUCAUGAGCCAACACAGCAUGGAGGCAAAUCUCAUUAAACAGGUUGUCAAGCAACUGCUCUUUCACAUUGGGGCAACCACUGUCAACAGCCUGCUGCUCCGAAAAGACAUGUGCUCCUGUAGGAAAGGAAUGCAAAUCAGAUGUAACAUCAGCUAUCUGGAGGAGUGGCUGCAGGAGAAGGAACUCCAGAGUUCUCAUUUCAUUGACACUCUGAAGCCAUUGACUCAGGCUGCCUGGCUGCUGCAGGUCAGCAAGUGCACGGAUGAAGAUGCCAAGGCCAUCAUUGAGAAAUGCACUGAGCUCAACACAGUGCAGAUUGCCAAGAUUCUGAAUUCAUACACACCCAUCGAUGGUUUUGAGAAGAGGGUGGCAUCAUCGUUUGUCCGCAAAGUUCAAUCUCUUCGACAAGAUCACGACGGGUCCGCUCAACUGAUGAUGGACGCAGAUUAUCGUUUCCCAGUUACCUUUCCUUUUUGCCCAUCUUCGCAAGCUCUGGAGCUGUUGCAGGUUCCCAACAGCCUUAACCUGGAAUUUUUAAACAUGAUCUGAAACAGGGAGAUUUUUCUCUCUCUCUUGUUAAUAGGACUCACUCCAAAGUACAUAUUUUGAAAGAAAAAAAUAUAAGAACACUGCCAGCUAGCACAUGUUACCAAUAGUGGUUUAAAAGAACAGAUUGGCCCAAAAAAUGAUAUAUUUUUCACAAUUACAAAUUAAACUGUAUAAAAAUUGUUGCAAAUUUUACUUUGGCGCCAAUUAAAUAACUGACGUUAAUGGCGUUUGGUACACACACCAAAGCAGUCUCAGAGAGGCGAUCAACAAUUUAAAGUCAUGUUGUUGUUAUAAUUCAAUGAUAUCUUACGUUAGUAGCUAAACUUAGCCUAAUCGCUAUCAUUAGCUGACAACAAACAUAACUGGUGCAUGUGUUACAUCCGCGUGCAGGAAGAGGGCGGCAUAUAAUGCUAGCAGUAUGUUCGAAUGUUGGCGCCCUCUAAGCAGAUGGAGGAACCCGCUGCAUACAGCCCCUUUAAAGCAUGACCUAUAAUCAUUACAUAAUGAUAUUUAUGGUAUUUUUUGGUUUGUUUACAAAGUUCAAAUCAAGAGUUUUGACAAUUCCUGUUUAGAUAAUUAUAUAAGAUGAUCAAAUUUCCUUUUUUAUUUAGUCUAAUGUUUUUCUAAAUUAUGUAGCAGCAAGUGAUUGUAUCCGUAGCCAUUUUGAUGGGUUAUUUAAUUCAGUAUUUUGUAUUGAGUUUUAAGUUCUUUGAGGAAAUGGUUUGGAAAUAAAAACAGCCUUCAUCUCCAACACUAUGAAGGGGAGGUUGCCAUCACAGUGUUUUUCUUUUGGAACAGAAGUAAUAAGUCCAAAUGUAUGUACAUACCAGUUAGUUUCUCCUCUACUUUUACUAAUUUUGCUAAUACAAACAUUCAGCACAUAAACAUGAGGUAAGUACUGUAAGGAAUAAUUUUGGAUUUGCUGAGUUAAGAUGUUGUUAAGAUGGUAUUCAUUGUAUAAAACUUAUCUCGCAUUGGCCUAAUUUUAGUUUUAGAUUUGACUAAUUGUGAAAUAAUUCAAAUGUUGUAUACCUUCCUGGCCACAAGAUUAGAUACACCACUAAAUGUAAUAACAGAGCGAAAUUAUGCGUAGUUUAAUUGACACUGUGAGAGAGGUAUUACUUUAAAACUGUUAUUGUACGUUAUGCAUUUGUUGUUGUUGCACGGCAAGAUCUUUCUAAUAUCGGUGGUUGGUGGUUGAGACACAGUGGAGACAGGUGGAAACAAAACCAAAACUUGGCCAGGCGCAACCAGCCACACAAUUCACAGAACCGAUUAACUAAGGAGCUGAUUGGUGAAAACAGUAACAAACAUAUUUAGUUACAAUUAAAAAAUGGGUCAAAAUUGGCUAAAGAAACAC